GGGCGGGGCCGGGCAUGAUGGCGCGCUGGGCGGCGGGGCGCGCUCAGCCGUGCGCCCUGGUGGCGGCGGCGGCGCUGGCCGUGUGCGCCUUCUACUACGCGGGCUCGGGCGGCGAGACCUUCUCGAGCGCCACGCGGCGCCUGAAGGAGACGCGCGCCGGGGCCGGAGCCGGGCCGGGCCCCUCCUCGCCGCCGCCCGCCGAGGCGCCCGGGCCGGCGGCGGAGGGCAAGGCCAAGGAGGCCGAGCGGCGGCUGGCGGGCGGCGGGGCCGAGGCGGAGGAGGAGCUGCACCUGCUGCUGGUGCUGGCCAAGGCGGAGCGCAACGCGGCGCUGCGGGCCAAGGCCGAGGCGGCGCUGCGCUCGCUGGCGCGCUUCGGCAAGCUGGGCCCGCGCCAGGCCCUGGCCCUCCACCUGCUCAGCGACGCGCCCAGCCGUGCCCUGGGCAAGGCGCUCCUGCGCGACGCCCUCCGCGACGCCCCCUUCAAGCACAAGGUGAUCUUCCACGACGUGGGCGUUCUGACGGAGAAGCAGCUUCCCAUCGUGGAGGCGAUGCAGAAGCUCUUCAGCGCAGGCAGCGGCACCUACUACAGCGAUUCCAUCUUCUUCCUCUCCGUUGCCAUGCACCAGCUCAUGCCCAAAGAGAUUUCUCGAAUAAUUCAGGUGGACCUGGAUGUGGAGUACCGGACCAACGUCCGGGAGCUGUUUGAAGAAUUUGACAACUUCCAGGAAGGCGCCGUGAUCGGCAUUGCUCGGGAGAUGCAGCCUGUCUACCGGCAUAUCUUCUGGCAGUACCGCCAAGAGCACCCUGGGACCAAAGUGGGGGAGCCCCCCCCAGACGGGCUGCCCGGCUUCAACAGCGGCGUCUUGCUUCUGGACUUGGAUGCCAUGCGCCAGUCGGCGCUCUACAACCGCCUUCUGGAGCCGGAGGCCGUGCGGCACUUGGCAGAGAAGUUCCAUUUCAAGGGCCACCUGGGAGACCAGGACUUCUUCACGCUCGCCGGCAUGGAGCACCCGGAGUUGUUUCACGUGCUGGAUUGCACCUGGAACCGGCAGCUCUGCUCUUGGUGGCGGGACCAUGGCUACAGUGAGGUCUUUGACCGCUACUUCCAGUGUGACGGCCACGUCAGGAUCUACCACGGCAAUUGCAACACGCCAAUCCCGCAGGAGUAGCUGCCUGGACUUCUGCCCCUGUUGCAGAGACUGAGGAGGGCCGCUUCUGCAUGCAGAUCCCAGCCGUGAGGUGGCAGCAAUAAGGCCAGGGCACGCAGCGGGGUGUCGUGGCCGCAUGCAGGAGCACAGCAGCUUUCCUGAGAACGUUCCAGUAUCCCCACCUUGACUCUGCCCGCAGGCCGCCUGGACCUUUGAGGGCUUCUAGCCAGUACUGCCCAGGAAGCGUGGGGGGGGGGGGAGCGCACCAUCCUUUCCGACUGCUGUGUGCUCUGCCCUAAUGCUCGUGCUUUGCCGUGCUGGGGCACGGCCUGUGAGGGUGUGGUGCAGAGGGGAGGGCGGGUGCUUUGCAGUGGGGCAGCCAGCGUGUGCAUCCCAACGCCGUUUGGGGCCAGGGCUGCCUUCCUGGGAGGGGGGUCCUCUGCAUACAGGUCACUGGUCCCAGUGUGCAAGUCAAAGCCAUCUGAUCCUCCUUUCCGCGAUGCAGAAAUGGCUGCUUGUGGAGAGCAUCUCCUUUGUAAAUCUUUGUGACCCCAGGGAUGAACGUGUCCGUUAGUGUGGGCUGGAGGAACACUUGGUAGGUUUCGUGCCCCGGGAUUCGGGGGCAGCUGCCCCUGCCUGUCAGGUGAGGGAGAGGUGGAGGAGGAGUGCCAGGUCUGUACUGCACAUGAGAGCCCAUCAAGGGUAGAAUAAAACCUGGUCAAAGCUC